AUGGCGGCCAUAAUGCUCGCGGUGGCAUUGGUCGUGGCACUGGCCGCUGUCGACCGGGUGGAUGAGGAGGUGCGGCAGCUGUACGAGGCGUGGAAGUCAAAGCACCCGCCGUGGCUGCUGCGCGGCAACGACGAUGACCUCCUGCGGUUGGAGGUGUUCUGCGACAAUCUCUGCUACAUUGACGCCCACAACGCCGAGGCCGACCUGGGGCUCCAUGGCUUCCACCUUGGCCUCACCCCCUUUGUCGACCUCACCCUGGAGGUGUUCCAUGGCCGCGUCCUCGGCUUCCAGUAG